AUGGAAAACGAAAUUGACGAAGACGAAUUAGCAGCGAUACUUGCUGAAGAUGACCAACAAGAAGAAAUUGAAGACAUCCCAAUCGAUAAACCUUCUACAUCGGAGUUAUCAUUUGCUGAAUGCGCCGAAAAAAUGACGCCAGAUCAAUUAAUUCAGUUAACAUAUGCAUUAGUUGAUACACCCUCAACAGCAGUUACUACUGCUACUACAGAAAAAUCUGCCACGUAUAAAUUUUCGGACAAAGACAUGGGCGAUUUAUUCGGAAGUAAAAAAUCUAAUACAGCGCAAGCGUCGAAAAAAGCGAUAUCCUCUACAUUAUCAACUGGAUUGACAACUCAAUCAAUGAUCACACCGUCGGUUUACAUCGAACCAUCGACGCACAUUCGUAUUGGUACAAUGAACUACACACCAGCAGAGAUCAAAACUAAGCUAACAUCAACGAAAUUUGUUCGUCUAUCUGAAAUCGAAAAACAACCAUCGCCAAUGCCUGCCGAAUGGUGUACUAUGGCUGUUCUAGCUCAUAAAUCUGAUGUUAAACAAGCGAGUAACGGCUCAACAUAUAGCAUUUGGCGUCUUACAGACUUUAAAGUGACGAUAAAUAUGUUUUUAUUCGGUGACGCACAUCAGUCAUUAUGGAAAACGGUACUAUCUAGUGUAGUACUGAUUUAUAAUGGUGAUACGAAAAAGUCUGGUCAACUGUCAAUCAAACACGAGCGAAGCCUUUGCAUACUUGGUUCAAAUCCUGAUCUAGGCCAAUGUAAAGCAAAAACAAAAUCUGGCGAACAAUGUAAGAUGCUAAUCGAUCGACAUGCUUGCGAAUAUUGUGUCACACAUGCAAAUCAGAUACAUAAGAGUGGUCAACGAAAUAAUAAUAAAUUCAAUGCCGGCAAUAUGUCGAGAAUGAAUUUACAAAGUACCGGUUCAUAUGUACCACAAAAAUUUGCUUCGAUCGGUAGUGGGAGCGGUGGUGGAGGGUAUGGUUCAUCAUGGUCAACAAAUUCGUCGAAGUCAAUGGUUAAGAAAAAGAAUACGUCAACAAAAGACAAUGGAAACGAACUUAAUAGCAAAGAAAAAUCUAUGCUUGUGAUGUUGGGUAUUGAAGAUGAUCCACUGAUGUGUGUAAGAAGUGAAGAAACCAAAGGCUUAGGUGAUUCCAUUGCUGAUGUUCGUGAACUGUAUCAAGCUAGACAGGCAAGUGGUAAAACAAAACGUGUUACCUAUGAUGAAACCAAAUAUCGAGAUGAAGUGGAUGCCUCAACGCAAAUCCGGUCGUAUCCAAUGGCAGCCAGUGAAACUCCCAUAGCACCAGAAUCACAAAAAGUCGAUUUGCUCAAAAGUAUCGCUGUAAAGCAAACGAAGGACAUACAGCUAUCUGCACCGAAACAGUUCGUUGAUUUAGCCAAACCAGCCAGUUCUGAAGCAAUCAACAGUGCUAAACAACGUGCCAUUGAUAUACUCAAACAACGUCUGGCACAAAAACAGAUAAUGCCAAACAAAGGUCAGUCGUUGAUUUCGGCUGAUGUAUCUUCUCCUCCUUCGAAACGAUCGAAUACGGACUCGGAUUCCGCGAAUCUCUCACCAAAACGCCUGAAAAUUUCGAACACGAGCGAGCCAAUCAAUGUCAAACAACGUUUUACUGACAUUAUGAAUAUGAAAUCUGCUCAUGCUGAUCUUUAUAGUCAGUUAACACUUGAUGAAAUCUUCGAACGUUAUAAGAAAAAAGAAGACAUUGAAGAAAAACUACUUCAAGUUAUGGAACGUGAUAUCAAAGUUGUCAUUUGCCGACAAUGUCAAUACACAGCAUACAAACAAUCGAUUCUCUGCAAACAAAAACAACAUUACGUGAAAAUUUGCGAAGUCAAACAGAAAUUUUUCGAAUGUAUCGAAUGUCAUAAACGUGUUUUCACUUGGUCUCAAUAUCCAGUGGAAAAUUGUACAAAUUGUCAUAGUCUGAAAGGCUUUCGUCGUACGGCUCUUAUUCGCGAACGGCACGGUGCGAAAUUUGAUGAUGAAAUCUUAUUAUUACGUGGUGAAGAAGAAAAAUUUCUGAAUUCAUUCAUUAGUUAUGAAAAACUACCUUCUGUUAUUGAUUGA